AUGAGAUGGAAGUGGCCAACAGGCCAUGAGGUACACUAUCUCUUCGAUCUGAGACCGAUUAACAGCGAGUAUCGGUCGGGAUAUUACGCUUUUCAGCAUGCACACAGGAAUGUUAAAUUCCUUCAUGGUAUGGAGAAAUCGUCGAAGGAACAUGAUUUCAAAACUCUCUAUUUUUUUGUGAAGGACAUUGGGACUAAACACACCAAAUUCCAAAUGGUGGACCAAUUCGAGAAGCCUUCCCCCACCAUUGCCAUGUACGAGAGAGCUCUUGUGUUAGCCCAAUUGCCUGACUAUAAGAAGGAUCUAAACAUUCUAACAUCCCCCCGGGCGUUAGAUGAUUUUGGGUUCAACUUUGUCGUUACUCCUUCUAGCGGAGUGCGGGAAAUCCCGCGACCCUUAGGACCUCCGCCAGUGGCACAGACGGCUAUAGCGAAAAGCACUAUGCCCGGGUCUGCUAAGAAAAGGCCAAUUAGGGAGUGUGACCCUCUUGAUAUGGCCGGCUUGUUGCGACAAACAACCUACCAGGAGAAAGAGGGUUCGCCUUCUACCGCCUCUCCCAUGGCUCCUCCUGGUAAGGUUAGGAAGACUAACCCUCGCCUGGCUAUUGAUAUUCACACCCCUACUGCUGGAUCGCCUCCCUCAUCUCGGCCGCUUCCUCCUGACUCCGCAUCCGGGUCCGCCAAUGAUACAACCCUUAUUGGUUCGACGUCCACAGGGGCCGAGUCACUUGCUGCGCUGCCCUUAGAGGGUCGUUGUCAAGCUUUAUCUACGGGUUUGAAGGGGGCACAUGGCCAUAUUGAGGGCCUUAUGGACAUCAUGGACAAGACCAUGUCUAGGCUAGAUUGUUUGCCCCCUGCCCAGAUCGUUGCUCUUGGAUGCCGCGAGAUGAUUAGGGCUGCCACCAUUACUUCUUAUGGUCAAUCUAGGGUUCUCGCCCUACAAGAGGAGCACAACAAGCAAGGAGCAGCCUCACUCCAACUUGAACUUGAUGCCCUUCGCCAGGAAUACUCCCAGAAGAUUCGCGAUCUAGAAACUUCUGUUGAAAGGGUUACUGCUGAGAAGGGGCGUUUCAGGGGUGAGCUUGAAAGUGUUACUGCCGAGAAAGAGCGUUUCAGGGGUGAGCUUGAAAGUGUUACUUCCGAGAAAGAGCGUUUCAGGGGUGAGCUUGAAAGUGAGAAGGAGGCUCAUGCGAAGGUUGUCGAGGAAAACAACAUUAAUGCCAAGGAGUGUGAGAAGCUAGCUGCGGAGGUGAAACAGAUCGGAGACCUCUCCACCGAUGUUUUCUUCAAAUUCUGGCUAAACAACAAGAAAGCUGACUUUAAUUAUCUGGGUAAGAACAUGGAAAGUAUGCUAUCUUAUUGUCGCAAUCGUGAGGAGGCAGAAACCAGGGAGAAGGCGCAGACUGCUUGCAUUCAGGCCGAUUCAUACCUCAACUUUGGGGUUGAGGCAACAGAUGACUGUCCCCUCGAUGACUUACUUGAUGGUUCCUAUUGA